UUGAACAUGAGAAAAGCAUCUUGCGAGCUAACGUCAAGUUUCUGGCGAGAAACAUUUUUUGAAGGUUGAAUAUCUAAUUGUAACAUAGUAACGUUCAAUAUAAAUGGCUGUUGCGGUGCAAAGUCGCAUGCAUUUGUCCAGGAAAAGGAUUAUAGUGAGCAUAAUAACAUAUGAAAGAAUUCUAGCUAACGCUAAGCAGCUAUGAGCCAUGUCUCUUUGCUUAGAGCGGUGUGAAGACAUACGGCAGUCAUUGUCCAUUAAACUUUUUAAGUCUUCACUUUCAAAAGUCUCCACACUACGAUUUCUCCAUCUGACAUGGUGGUCUUGAGAGAGGGUAUAUGUCCUGGGCUGAAUAAGGACCUCAUCGAAGCCUUUAGAAAUGUGGACAUCAGAACAGUGGAGGAGUUGGUUUCAGCGAACCUCGAGGAACUGGCCCAAAAAUGUUCCGUCUCCUACAAGGCUUUGAUUGCUGUGCGUCGCGUUCUAUUGGCCCAACAUGCAGCUUUUCCUGUCUCAUGUUCUGACAUGUAUGAAGAGCUACUGAGCACAACUGCCAUCCUCUCCACAGGGAGUCAUGGUCUAGAUAAGCUGUUAGACUCUGGUCUGUACACAGGGGAGAUAACUGAGCUAACAGGAGGUCCAGGAAGUGGCAAAACACAGGUGUGCUUUAGCACUGCUGUUCAUAUUUCAUGGCAACUCAAGCAGAGUGUUAUCUAUAUCGACACUAAUGGAGGAAUGUCUGCAAAUCGUUUGCUUCAGAUGCUGCAAGCAAAGGCCAACACUAUGGAAGAGCAGAUGGCUGCUCUUCAACGAAUUCAAGUGUUUAGAGUGUUUGAUGUCUUCUCCUUGCUUACAUGUCUACAAAAUAUAAGAAUCGGUGAAGUUCAAAUGGAAUGUGUUGGAUGCUCAGUAAAAGCUCUUAUCCUGGAUUCUGUGUCCGCUGUACUCUCCAACAUGCUGGGAGGCAAACAGAAUGAGGGCAUGUCCUUGAUGAUGCAAGUUGCUGGGGAGCUGAAAACUAUUUCUAAGGACCUUAAUGUUGCUGUUCUGGUGACGAACCAUGCAACUCGAGAUGGCAGUGGUCAGCCGAAAGCGGGUUUAGGUCAGUCCUGGAGUCACAUCCCGAGGACCCGAGUUCUCCUACAGCGAUUGGAGAGGCCUGGCAGCUCCUCUGGCCUGCGAGUAGCAACGCUGACCAAAUCAUCUAGACAGUCAUGUCAACUGGAAGAAGAAUUUGACUUGAGAUGCUGGGAGGCACCUGAAGAUAUGAAGGUUGGCUCAUCAGGCAAAAGGAAACUGGAGGGGGACAGCCCUGGGCUUCGGUGAAUGCUUAUAAGUUUAUACUUCAUUCAUUCAUUCAUUCAAUAAUUAUUCAUUGUAUUUUCUGUGAGUUUUUGUAAAUACUGAAAUGCGGAAAUGUGGUGUCAGUACAUCAGUGAAGAAAAACGUUUUAAAAGUGUUUGCAUUCAUACAGCUUAUGAUUCAAUUAUUUUAUUCAUUGAAUUGCCCGAUAUGGAGAAACUGUCAAUCAAUGAUCAAUUUAAUGUGCAAGAUGUCACCAAUGUUGUGUUAGAAGACAUGUAAACUAAGUUAAUGAAAAUGUCUAUUUUUAAACAAGACUGCAUGAUGUAGCCAUACAUUGGUUGUCGUUUCAUCAAAAGUCAAGCACACAUUUAGGUAUUUCUAUGUCCUAUGUGUAAACCUUAGGUCAUUUAAAAAUGUGCUGUACAAUGUAUCAAUAAAGCACAAA